AUGGAUAUUGCCUAUAUCGAUGCAAAUGAUACCACUCGCAAACUUUCUGCUCAUGGAGUUCGAACAUUGGUUCGGCAGCUCACUUGUGGCUUCAAUCAUCAUGGCCUAGUGGGGCGCGACACCGUCUGCAUGAUUAACUUUAAUGACAUCAACUACACUGCCGCUUAUCUUGGGACAAUCGGGGCCGGAGGUUGCUUCACUGGAGCAAAUCCUUGCUACAAUGCCCGCGAGCUAACCCACCACGUCAGAAUCAUAGCAGCGAAAUUUAUCCUGACGGAAUUGGAGACACUUGACAUCUCAAUCGCAGCCGCCAGAGAGUUUGGCAUACCUGAUUCGAAUAUUUUCGUCUUGAACUUUCGAAAUGAAACUAUUCCGACAAAUCACCGCUCGUGGAAUGCUCUACUGGAGCACGGAGACCAAGACUGGAUCGAAGUAAAGGACUUGUCUACUCCUGCAGCAUACGUCAGUACUUGUGAGACAACGGGACUACCCAAAGCAGCUAUCAUUCCUCACUCGUACUUAACUUCUCAAGCUGCGAUCAUAGAGAAGCAGUUGCUAGCAAAGGAGGGGAUCUCAUAUCUUGUGGCUAUCCCUCCAUUUCAUAUGUUCACGGCGCCAGUUCAACAUGCUUUACCACUCAGAAACAACAUGACAAUAUAUACCCUUCCACGGUUUGAUGAGAAUUCUUUCAUGAACGCAAUUGAGACAUUCAAGAUCACUAGAACUAUAGCUGUGCCGCCUAUCUUGCUCACCCUGUCAAAAUAUCCGGCGUCAAGGCCUCAAUCACUCCAACAGGUCCUUGUUGGAGGAUCACCUUUCCCACUCGGUAUCCAGGAACAGAUGUAUUCAAAGUUGCUACCCCAGGCAAGGAUAACAAUUGGGGAUGGAAUGACCGAGGAUGGAUCGGGAGCGUUUUGGAAAGAGAAGCGGAAGGACACGACGGGAAAUAUUGGCCAAUUACUGCCCGGAAGUAAGACGAGAGUCGCCGAUCGAGAAGGAAACGUCUUGACGAAAGAAAAUGUUUUUGGAGAGGUCCACAUCUACAACCCUCUCGCGAUGAAAGGAUAUCUCAACAACAAAUCUGCAACUGACCAAGCAUUCGCACUGGACAACUGGAUACACGCCAAUGAUAUUAGCCAUACCAGAGACAAGAACUGGUCCGCCGUCGGUCGUUCAAAAGACUGGAUCAAAGUUCGCGGUUGGCAAGUCAGUCCUGUUCAAAUUGAAGCUGCUUUGAUGGAACACCCAAAUAUCUUAGACGUAGGCGUGAUUGGCAUUCCUGCACCUGAUGGAUGCGGCGAAAGUCCAAUGGCGUUCGUAGUUGUUGAGAAGGGCAGUUCCGUAGAUGCGGACCAGAUCAAGUUGUUUCUGGAAACUCGUUUAGCUCGAUAUAAGAACGUUGAAGAGGUCUGCUUCGUUGAGCAGAUCCCUAGGAAUCCCGCCGGGAAGAUUCUGCGAAGAGUCCUGCGAGACAUGAGGGAGGCUGAGGAACCGACUCCAGACCAAACGGCUGCCAGAGAAUAUGCUGCCGCACUUCAACAGAUAAAUUUAUAUGAAAAAUUGAAAGGUUCCGAGUCGAAUUCGACCGCUGUGAGCUCGAGGGUAGUAGGAUCCGAGGAAGAAGCAGCAACUUCCAAGAAGAGGAAAAGCUGUUCAACGUCACAAUUUUGGCCAUGGCGGAAGAUGAGAAUUCUUUCAACGUCAUAGGGGAGUGGCUUAUUUCUAUGUUGGAAGGUCUGCGCGAGUUUUGGUGGCUUUGGAGUUAUGCGUUCAAUAGCACGGUAGUUAGAGACAUCGAAUAUCUUCCUUGAGAUACUUUGACAAUUCAAUAUUGAUGCACAGGACUCACCUAGCUUACUAUGGGUAUUGUAGCACCCCACUUGGGGUUCCAGCUCUCGUGCUCGUGCUGCCAAAGUUAGAACGGCGGACGGCGAGAGUGGUGGAUUUAGUCGCCUACUUGGCACAGACAUCGGAUCGGAUAUGAAUCGAAGUAGAUGAGACUUGUGAUCAGACGACAGUGUUGCC